CGAGCGCCGCGGCGGUGCCGCCAUGGCGCCGCCCGUGGGGUACGCGCUGCUGUGCGGGCAGGCCGCGCUCCUGCUGGGGAACCUGCUGCUGCUGCACGGCCGCGGCCUCCCGGACAACGACACCGAGCCCCGGGAGCUGCCGCCGGGGCCGCCCGCCUCCGCCUGGGCUUACAGCGAUCCGCGGGCGCCGCUCGUCUUCUGCGCCUACCUCCCCGAUGAGUUCGUGGAGUGCGAUGAGCCGGUGGACCACGGCGGGAACGCCACGGCGCAGCAGGAGCUGGGCCACGGCUGCGUGAAGUUCGGCGGCCAGGCCCACGGCGAGGUGGAUCACACGCGAGUGCUGUGCCGGGCGCUGGACGGCAUCGAGUGCGCCGAGCCGCGGAGCUUCCUGCGGGGCAGCCGGCCCUGCGUCAAGUACACCGGACACUACUUCAUCACCACGCUGCUCUACUCCUUCUUCCUGGGCUGCUUCGGCGUGGAUCGGUUCUGCCUGGGCCACACCGGCACCGCCGUGGGGAAGCUGCUGACCCUCGGGGGCCUGGGCAUCUGGUGGUUUGUGGAUCUGAUUCUGCUCAUCACCGGGGGGCUGAUGCCCAGUGAUGGCAGCAAUUGGUGCACGGUGUACUGAGGAGGGGCAGGGCUGGCUCCAGCUGCAGCCCCUGGGUGCCUCUGCUUGUUCCCAGCACCAGCCUGGCACAAACUGGACUUACAGAACUCAGGGUGCACAGUUACUCUUGGUAAUGACUCUGUACCAACUUUGGACACAAAGUUGUUCAGGAUAUAUUUUGCUUGUUUAAAAUAAUCUGCCUUCCCACUGCAAAUAGUGACAGCUUCAGAAAUCAGAGCUUGCAAACACAGGGGGGGGUCAAACAAACAAACAAUAAAAUCUGGAAGAAGCUGACUGCACGUACUUGGGGGAUUAGUAGGUCACAGCCACACAGAGAUGAAGGCCAUGGGGUCAUGGGCCACCUGACACCUGGGAGCAGAGGUGCCAUUUUGCAGCUCCUGUUUGUGUGCCAGGCACCCUUUGGGUGCUCCAGCCCCAGCACAGGGCACCUGCAGCACACAAAGGGUGCAAGAACCUCACACCCGAAAGAGGAAGCCCCACCAGCUGCAGGUUAAAAACUUAGCAAGCUGAAUAAAAUGGGAAAAGGAAGCUGCAACAAGUCCCAGCCAGAGCCAGACACAAAAUCUGUGUAUGCAAAUGUCCAGUCAUGUUUGAGAUAAAACAGCAAAAACACAGUUUGGCAGCUUCAGCUGGGGGGGCAGGGGGCAGCUUUGUCCUGAAAAUGCCAUGCCUCAGCAGAACAACAGGGCUGGAAAGGCCAUGGAGGGGAAAAAGUUCUGCAGUGACCCAGAAAGAAAAAAAAAAUAAUAAAACAUGCAGAAAGCCCA